AUGAACACAAGACGAAGCAGAAAACCAAUUGAAACAACUACUUCAUUUACUACUGAGGGAACACGCGUUGCGUCUAGUAGCAUGAGUGAAGCUUCAUUUCCCAAAAGAAGAGGAAAACUCAGAAAAGAAGAGGAAACCAUUGACAUUCAAAGUGCUUCAUCCUCUAGUCAAGGUGGUGCAGUCCGAGAAGUUGAAAUGAUAUGCGUCGAAGUUCCCCCUCCUAAGAGAAGUGGGAGGCGCGGGAACGACAGAGAAACCCCUGACGCUCAAAAAGUUAUGGAAUCCAGUAAUGGAGGUAGUUCUGUCGUACUGUCUAAAACUGAGAUAUUUAUUGAAGUCCCUUCCUCAACGAGAAGAAGGAAACGAAAGAAUGAAGAAACAAUCUCAGAUACUCAAGCAAGUAUAGCCUCCAGCAGUAAAGGUAAUACAGUCACAUCGACCAGAGUUGAGGAAGUUGCUGAAGUCCUCUCUCCUAGGAAAGGAAAGCGGCAGAAGAAUGAAGGAACAACUCCUGACAUACAAUCAGCCGAAACUGAUGUUGUCGUCGAAAUUCCUCCUCCUAAGAGAAGAGGGGGACGCAAGAAUAAUGAAGAAGUGAUUCCCUAUACUCUAACAAACACGAUAUCCAGUAUUACUAGUGCUGAAGCUGAAAGUAUCGAUGAAACAUCCUCCCGCAAUGGAAAAGGAAGGUACAAGUACGACGAAGAAACCUCUGAAACACCAACGAGCAUGACGUCUAGUAACGGAAAUGACGUGGUCAUAACGACUAUAGCGACAGAGAUUGAAAGUAUUACUAAAGCUUCCUCCUCUUACAAAGGAAAAGGGAAAUGCAAGAAUGAAGACGAAACUCCCGAAACUCUUACAAGCAUGACGUCUAGUAGCAGAAGCAAUCCAGUUACGGCGGCUGAAAUUGAGAGUAUUACCAAAGCGUCUUCCAAAAGAGAAGGGAAACGCCAGAAUGACGAACAAACUCCUGAUACUCUGAUAAGCAUGGCUUCUAAUAGCUUGAACAAUACGGUCACAACGAAAAUGACAGUUGAGACUGAUAGUAUUAAUAAAAUAUCCUCUUCUGAAAGAAAAGGGGAAUGCAGGAAUGAUGGAGAAACCGUUGAAGCUUUGACAAGCAUGGCUUCUAGUAGCAGAAGUAACAUGGUCACAGAAACUGAGACUGGGAGUGGCACUAGAGCGUACGUCUUUACGAGAAAAGGGAAAUGUAAAAAUGACGAAGUCCUCGAAGUUCAAACAAAUACGGGAAUUAAUAGUAGAGGUGAUACGAUUAUGACGGAAGAAACAGAAAUAAACACUGGAACACUAUCAUCUAUAGGAAAAGGGAAACGAAAGAGGGACGAAGAAGCGUCCGAUGAACAAACAAGUGCGGAGGCAUCCAACAGCGGAAAUAAUAUAGCCGUAGCUGAAGCCGAAAUAACCGCUGAAGUAGCUUCUUCCGAAAGAAAAGGGAAACGAAGGAAAGAAGAGACUUCUGACACUUGGAAAAGUGUGACGUCUGACAAUUGUACGGUUAUGGCAGCUGGAACUAGUGUUAUUUCCUCAGAGGGGAAAGGCAGGCGGGACGUCUGGUAG